GCGCAGCUGGACCAAUCAGCGCCGCCCGAGGGCGGGUCGAAGCGCGCGUGUGAGCGCGUGUGUGUGUGAGGGGACUGUUGUGGAGCUGGAAAAUGGACAAUUUAACUCGUGUAUUCUUCAUUCUCACGCCGACGGAGGGGGCUUGCGGAGCGGACGCUGGAAUGAAUCUCAAAUGCUCGCUGUGAAGAGGAGGACCACCAGAGACGCGAGCGGGAGGGAGGGGACGGACUGCGCCUCAUCCGCCGGAGGGGUCCUGCAGAAGGCAUUCGCGCCAGGAACCAUGAGGGAGCAAGCUGAGGGAGAGAAUAAAUCACCUUUCAUCGCUGUGAAUCUGGCCAGGCAGUGGAGGAAAUGCACACAGCAGCAGCAGUCGGAGCAGCAUCUGCCACAGCACAGACGGGGCAACGUUCUAAUCUGAGUCGAGCGGACGGCCGAUGGAGAGGGCAGAAAGAAGCUGAGCGAGGUUGAGUCAGUGUCUUGCUUCACUAUCGGAGGCCGUGAUGUCCGUGUUAACAUGUUGUCCUCUCUUAGAGGCUCCUUGUUAGAAGGCUCGAGUUCGUCACCCGCCCCUGUGAGGCCACUGCGCUGAGGGGCAGAGGAGAAGCAAAAUUGAGGACAAGAGCGGAAAAAAGGCCCCCAUGCAGGCGCGUAAGAAAUAUGUUCUUCUGGGCUUGUGCGCGUGCUGCUGGCUGGUCCUCUUUUACUGGAGUGGAGGAGCCCAGCUGCGCCUACUCCGUCUGCUGACACGCCACCGGGGCGAGGUUGUGCGUCCCUGGCCCAACUGGACUGACCGGGCCUUCCUUCCCCGUUAUGCCCACCUGAACGAACUCCAGAUUGACCCGGGCACGUCGGAGUUGCCUCGCCAGCGCAGACAAGCCUGGUCAACUAUUUAUAAGGACAGCCACUGUCGCAUGGACACAUGUUUUGACUUUUCCAGGUGUCGGCGAAGAGGAAGGGAUGGGUUCCGGGUGUAUAUAUAUCCUUCCGAGAAAAAUGACCACAUGUCGGAGAGCUACCGCAAGAUCUUGACGUCCAUCAGCGAGUCCCGCUACUACACGACGGACCCGCGAGAAGCUUGCCUGUUCGUGCUUGCGCUUGACACCCUUGACAGGGACCAGCUAUCAGGACAGUUUGUGCCAAACGUUGAUGACCGUAUUCAGGGUUACCCAUUAUGGAAUGACGGGCGCAACCACCUCAUCUUCAACUUGUACUCAGGCACGUGGCCCAACUACACAGAAGACCUGGGUUUCAACAUCGGCCAGGCGAUCCUAGCCAAAGCCAGCCUCAACACGGAACACUUCAGACCCGGCUUUGACGUUUCCAUCCCGCUGUUCUCAAAGGAUCACCCGCAGAAGGGUGGUGAGCGUGGCUGGCUGGACAGGAGCACCAUCCCGCCCCGAAGGAAGUACCUGCUGAUGUUUAAAGGCAAGCGUUAUCUCACGGGUAUCGGCUCAGACACCAGAAAUGCUCUCCAUCACAUUCACAAUGGGAAGGACAUUGUGUCGCUGACAACCUGUCGUCAUGGGAAGGACUGGGAGAAGCACAAAGACGCCCGAUGUGACCAUGACAACUUGGAAUAUGAGAGGUUCGACUACCAGGAGCUACUUCACAACUCUACCUUCUGCUUGGUGCCUCGGGGUCGCCGCCUCGGCUCGUUCCGCUUCCUCGAGUCCCUGCAGGCGGCGUGUAUUCCAGUUCUGCUGAGUAACGGAUGGGAGCUGCCAUUCUCUGAUGUCAUUCAGUGGAACCAGGCGGUCAUCGAGGGGGACGAGAGGUUACUGUUGCAGGUGCCGUCCACAGUGAGAGCAGUAGAAAACGAAAGAGUUCUGGCUCUCAGACAAAGGACCCAGAUGUUGUGGGAGGCGUACUUUUCGUCCGUGGACAAGAUCGUCCUGACUACACUGGAGAUCAUCAAGGACCGAGUGUUUUCUCACGUGUCCAGGAACAAGUACAUGUGGAACUCCCUGCCAGGAGGGCUGCUGGUCCUCCCGGAAUACUCCACACAUCUUGCACAUUUCCCUUUCUUCUAUCUUGGCUUAGGGGUCACUCCGGGUCAGGAGUUCACUGCUGUCAUCCACGCCGUGUCACCGUUGGUUUCCCAGUCUCAGCCAAUCAUGAAGCUACUUCAGGUGGUUUCCAAGUCCAAGUACUGCUCCCAGAUCAUAAUUAUCUGGAACAGUGAGAAGCCGCCACCCAGUCGCAGCAAAUGGCCCCCCAUGCCGGUCCCGCUCACCGUGACGGACGGUAGACGGAAGGCCUCCAGUCGGUUUCUACCUCACGUUGCCAUAGAAACGGAAGCAGUGCUGAGUCUGGACGAGGAUACAGUUCUGCUCACCAGCGAGGUUAACUUUGCCUUCCUGGUGUGGCGGAGCUUCCCUGAGAGGAUUGUGGGGUACCCUCCCAGGAGCCACUUCUGGGACCCCGUGAAGCACGCCUGGGGUUAUACCUCCAAGUGGACCAAUGACUACUCCAUAGUGCUGACUGGAGCUGCCUUCUACCACAGGUACUACCACUACCUGUUCUCGCAUUACCUGCCCCAGUCUUUGCGAACUCUGGUGGAUCGCACUUCCAACUGUGAGGACAUCCUCAUGAACUUCCUGGUCUCUGCUGUGACGCACUUGCCACCGAUCAAAGUGGCCCAGAGAAAGCAGUACAAGGAGCUUCCCGGCCCGCAGGGCACGAAGACGGUUCCUUGGGCCAAUCCUGAGCACUUCAACCAACGCCAGGAGUGCAUCAACACCUUUGCCAACUGGUUUGGCUACAUGCCUCUGGUGCACUCGCAGUUCCGCCUUGACCCAGUGCUUUUCAAGGAUCAGGUGUCGGUCUUCCGCAAGAAGUACAAAGACCUGGAAAGGGCAUAAACAUGGGCUGGACUUGUGGCCUUCUGAUGGACCCGUCAGAAACAGGUUGGUUUGUGACAGCAUGGCAGACCCUGGUGGACUGUCCCAGACUGGACAUACAUGAAGGCAAAAUGAAGAAGAACUGCAAGAUGUUCACCUAAAAACAUUAUCAGAGGCCUUGAAGAGAGUUUAGGGGCCUCUGGAGACAAACCUUUGAUGGCUCUGAUGUUAAAACAAUGAAGAGAAGGCAGCUAAUGCCAGAAGAACCCAUGGUACUCUGCACUGGUGCCGUGCACUCUGGGUGGUGAGCGAGUGUGAGUCUGUGUGCGUGCGUGUGUGAGUGUAACUGAACUGCUGUGCCGGGAUGGUUGCCAAGCAAAGGAGAUGAUAACACAUAAUAAAAACAUGGUCCAAUAAAUGAAUUGAUUUCUAAGCGCAAAUUCUGGUCUUU